CCAACUCCCAACAAGCUUCCGUCUCCCCAAAAGACAACCUUUUUCCUUCUCAAGUGGCUUCAUUCAGAUAAAGGCAACAUUUCCCACCAACCACUUUUAAUCCAUUCAUUUCAGCUUUAUGUCUGGCUUUCUGAUCUUAGAUUCUGGCUGUCAAAUUUCUCAUCUUCCCGUUAAGCAAUUCCAUCUCUUGAGCUCUUUCCUCAUCUCAAUAGCCAGCUAUCUAUAGGUCCAAAAUCUUUCAGAUCUCGUACGUCGCAUUUAAAUUUCUCUUAGUUCGCGUUAAUGGCAGAGGUGGAGAUCCCAUCUUACUUCCUUUGCCCAAUCUCUCUCCAAAUCAUGAGAGAUCCGGUGACUCUUCCAACCGGCAUCACCUACGACCGCGACAGCAUCGAGCGGUGGAUGUUCUCCGGGAAGCACGACACAUGCCCGGUGACCAAACAGCACCUUCCGGACUGCGACCUCACGCCAAACCAUACUCUCCGGCGACUGAUCCAAGCAUGGUGUGCUCUCAAUUCGUCGAACGACAUCGAGCGGUUUCCUACACCAAAACCGCCGAUCGACAAGGCCCAAAUCAUCAAGCUCCUCGACGACGCCAGACUGCCUCAUCUGCAACUCCAUUCUCUUCGAAAGCUAAGGGAAAUUGUCUCGGAGAGUGAGAGGAACAGGCGGUGCAUCGAGACCACUUCCGGCGUGGUCGACAUGUUAAUUUCUAUCAUUCACAACAACAACUCCGGUACUGCUUCAGGUGAAGAAGGAAAACCGAUCAGCGAUGAUGUGGAGUCUACCAAUGCUCGUGAUGAAGCUCUCAGCAUUCUUUACUUGCUCCAGCUCUCAGACCAACAACUUCUCGACCUCGCCGUCGGAAAUGGCGACUUCGUGGGGUCAUUAACAUCCAUUCUGCAGCAAUCCAACCACCAAACGCGAGCCUACGCAACAUUACUCCUCAAGUCCAUGCUCAGAGUGAUUGCACCGGCUCGUUUGGCUGGUGUUAGAAAAGAACUAUUCCAAGAGGUUGUGGGCGUACUUCGAGAUCGGGUUUCACACCAGGCCACCAAGGCAGCAUUGCAAGUGCUUGCCUGGUUGUGUCCAUGGGGAAGAAACCAUAUCAAGGCAGCGAAUGCCGGUGCUGUGCGGGUCCUCGUUGAGCUACUGCUAGACGAGCCCGAGAGGAGGGUAUGCGAAUUGGUGCUCGUGGUGCUGGACCGGGUUUGCGGGUGUGCCGAAGGGAGGGCGGAGCUGGUCGGCCAUGGGGCAGGCAUCGCAAUUGUGUCGAAGAAGAUGCUGAGGGUUUCGGAGGCGGCGAGCGAGAGGGCGGUGAAGAUAUUGAACUCGGUGGCAAGGUUCUCGGCAACAAAGGCUGUUCUUCAAGAGAUGCUGCAGAUUGGGGUGGUGUCCAAGCUGUGUUUGGUGCUCCAAGUUGAUUGUGGGAUGAAGACCAAGGAGAAGGCCAGGGAGAUCCUUAGGUUGCACUCAAGGGUCUGGAACAAGUCACCUUGUUGGUCUCCUCAGUUUCUCAUUUCAUAUCCUUCUUCAUGAUAGAUGGAUUGAAAGAUAAAGAGUUAUACCAAUUUAUGUUCAUGAUUAUUGAUUAAUGGGCAUAAAUUCAUGUCCCUAAAGGCAAAAACAGCAUCCAGAGAUUUUUUUCCCCCACCCUUUUCUGUUAUAUUUUUUUGUAAUUUCAUCACAACGUAUUUGAUUCUUGUAACAUAAAUAAAAAGAAAACAAUCAAGAAAAAUAAAAUUUCUUCUCUUUAAGUUGCUCAAUUAUUCGACUUGUGUCCCCUAAGUAAUGCAAUAAAGAUGACCGACACAUUGU